AUUCGCAUGUGAACAGGUCUGUGAAGUUGUGACUCUGCCUGAGGAGACUCUGCCUCAAACCCUGGAUGGAAAUCUGGACUUUCCAGGACUUUCACAUAGUUGUCUUGAAGCCAGUAGCUUUAAGGUUUUUAUGUUUGGCGUCUUUGUCUUGCUGGAAAAAUAAAUCUCAUCCCAGCUCCUGGUUCCCUUGCAGACUUGCAGCAGGCUCUUAAACGGGACUUGUCCUUUUUUAUUUGACUGGGUUUAUUUCACUCGUCUUCACCUCACCUCGAGCCUCCCGGGACCUGUAUCCACACAUCAUGAUGCCGUCUGCAUGUUGUUGGAUGGAGCUCUCUGUAUUAUGAGGCGUAGACUUGUCAUGGUAGAUAUUAAGAGUCCUUGUGCAGUCAAUGAUUUGUGCCUAAUCUGGAUCCAUGUGUUUCUCUUCAAAAUUGUUGCACUUCUGACAGAAUGAAGACGGGAGAGGUGAAGAUAAUAAACCAGGGCCUGGAGGAUGAGAUGGAGGUGUGGGGGUACCAGCCCUGCCUGUGGAAGAGGAUCCUGGUGGGCAUGGGUGCGGUGUGCACCGGGGGUCUCCUGCUGCUGCUGCUCUACUGGCUGCCUGAGUGGGGCGUCAAGGGCACUUGCACACACACCUCAGUGAGGAACGCACACACACUGCUGCUCAGGAGCACGGAUGAGUUCAAGCAGUGGUUUCGAGCCAGAGUACACGUGAUGUUGGCUCCGGGGGGGAAACCCUUUGACAGCUUGGAUCUGAAGCCCAAGGCUCAGCUGGGGAACGGAGAGCACGGCAUCGGUGCUGCCGACGAGGAAGUUCGUGGGAAAUUUGCCCAUCGACAGCCUGAUGAGAUCCACUACUUCACCCACCACAGCACCAAAUACUACUGGAACGAUGUGAUACAGAACUUUGAAUUUUAUAAAGGCUUGGAGGAUUUGAAGGUGAGCUGUGCAAGCAUCCACUCUGACCACAGCUCCGGACUGUCCAAAACACUGCAGGAGUACAGGGCGUUGUUUUUCGGGGAGAAUGAGAUUGCUGUCAGGGUGCCCUCUAUAUUCAUCCUCCUCAUAAAAGAGGUUUUGAAUCCUUUCUACAUCUUCCAGCUCUUCAGUGUCAUUCUGUGGAGUGCUGAGGACUACUACUAUUAUGCCACAGCCAUCGUUCUCAUGUCUGUCAUCUCAAUAGCUACCUCACUAUAUACCAUUAAAAAGCAAUAUGUGAUGCUGCAUGACAUGGUGGCAGCACACAGCGUGCUCCGUGUCUCAGUGUGCAGAGGAAAUAAAGAUAUCGAACAGGCCAUGUCCACAGAGCUCGUCCCCGGUGAUGUCAUCAUAAUUCCAGCCAAUGGGAUGAUCAUGCCCUGCGAUGCCGUGCUCACCCACGGGACGUGCAUCGUCAACGAGAGCAUGCUGACAGGAGAGAGUGUGCCAGUUACCAAGACCAGUCUGCCCAGCUCAGGCGAGGAGGCGGCCAGCAGCUACGACAUGGAGGAGCACAAGAGACACACCCUGUUCUGUGGUACCCAGGUCAUCCAGACCCGCUUCUACGCUGGUGAGCUGGUGAAGGCUGUUGUGGUCCGAACAGGCUUCAGUACGGAGAAAGGCCAACUGGUGCGCUCCAUCCUCUACCCUAAACCCACCGACUUCAAGCUGUACCACGAUGCUUACCUGUUCUUGUUGUGCCUGGUGGGGGUGGCAGGGAUCGGCUUCAUCUACACCAUCAUCCUCAGUAUCAUGAACAAGGUUCCCGCCAAAACCAUCAUCAUUGAGUCUCUGGACAUCGUCACCAUCACCGUGCCCCCGGCCUUACCGGCGGCCAUGACGGCUGGCAUCGUGUAUGCGCAGCGGCGUCUGAAGAGGGUCGGCAUCUUCUGCAUCAGCCCUCAGAGGAUCAACAUGUGUGGCCAGCUCAACCUGGUCUGCUUUGACAAGACUGGUACUCUGACUGAGGAUGGUUUGGACCUGUGGGGUAUUCAGAGAGCUGAGGAUGGCCGCUUUUCCCCUCCAGAGUCCGAGGUGGCUAAAGAGAGUCUGGUGAACUCUGCAUUCGUGGCCUGCAUGGCCACCUGCCACUCACUGACCAAGAUCGAGGGCGAGCUCUCCGGAGACCCGUUAGACCUCAAGAUGUUCAAUGCCACAGGCUGGAUCCUCGAGGAGCCCACAGAGGAAGAGACGGCACUCCACAAUCCCAUCAUGCCCACAGUUGUUCGACCCCCAAAGCAUACCGUCCCUGAAGCCAAUCAGAACAAUCCGCUUACUCAGAACAUGGAGCUGUCUGAAUUAUCAUCCUGUGAGAUUGGCAUCGUGCGACAGUUCCCCUUCUCCUCGGCCCUGCAGAGGAUGAGUGUGGUCGUCAGGAGGUUGGGGGAGAAACACAUGGACGCUUACUUGAAAGGAGCCCCGGAGGUCGUGGCCAGCCUCUGCAAACAGCACACAGUCCCACAGAGCUUCACAGAGACUCUGGAGACCUACACCCGGCAGGGCUUCAGGGUUAUUGCCCUGGCACAUCGACAGCUGGAGUCCAAACUCUCCUGGCACAAAGUCCAGAGCCUCAGCAGGGACCUAAUAGAAACAAACAUGGACUUCCUUGGUUUGAUCAUCAUGCAGAACAAAAUAAAAGAGGAGACAGCCGGGGUUCUACAAGAACUACAACAGGCCAACAUCCGCACUUUGAUGGUCACGGGUGACAACAUGCUGACGGCGAUAUCGGUGGCUCGGGAUUGUGGGAUGAUCCGUUCACACGAGAAGGUCAUUAUCGCAGAUGCUGUGCCUCCCAAGGACUUGUACCCUGCCAGCAUCACGUGGCGUUACACUGACAACCCUGCUCCGACCAACAGGGACAGUCAGACGGUGGAGAUACAUCUGGAUGAGGAGGAGGAGGUGUGUGACAGGCAGGUGGCUCUGCAGGAACAGAGCUAUCACUUCGCCGUGAGCGGCAGAUCCUUCGCCGUUAUCACCGAGCACUUCCCUCAACUCAUCCAGAAGCUCGUGCUGAGAGCCACUGUGUUUGCCCGCAUGGCUCCUGACCAGAAGACUCAGCUGGUGGAGGUCCUGCAGAGCAUCGACUACACUGUUGGAAUGUGCGGCGAUGGCGCCAAUGACUGUGGAGCCUUGAAGAGAGCUCACAGUGGGAUCUCUCUGUCUGAGCUGGAGGCCUCUGUUGCUUCACCCUUCACCUCCUCCACCGCGAACAUCUCCUGUGUCCCCAACCUCAUCAGGGAGGGCCGAGCUGCCCUCAUCACAUCAUUCUGUGUCUUCAAGUUCAUGGCUCUCUACAGCAUCAUCCAGUACCUCAGUGUCACGCUGCUCUACUCAAUUCUCAGCAACUUGGGAGACUUCCAGUUCCUCUUCAUCGACAUCGCCAUCAUUCUCAUCAUUGCCUUCACAAUGAGUCUGAACCCGGCCUGGAAGGAGCUGGUGUGGCGUCGGCCACCGUCCAGCCUCAUCUCCGGCCCGCUGUUGUGCUCCGUCCUCACCCAGAUUAUCACCUGCCUGGUCUUCCAGGUCCUGGCUUUCCUCUUAGUGCGGCAGCAGAGCUGGUAUGAGAUGUGGACGCCUCAGUCGGAUGCCUGUAAUGUUUCCAGCUCCGGCCUCAGCCUGAACGUAACGUCCCCGCACGACCACAAAAACAUCAAGAACUACGAGAACACCACCCUCUUCUACGUCUCCUCCUUCCAGUAUUUGGCUGUUGCCAUCGUCUUCUCCAAGGGAAAGCCCUUCAGGCAGCCCAGCUACAAGAACUGGCCGUUCAUGCUGUCCUGCAUGUGUCUGUACACUUUUCUCCUCUUCAUCAUGCUGUAUCCUGUUCCUGCCAUCGACAGCUUCCUGGAGAUCGUGUGUGUUCCCCAUGACUGGCGCGUUACACUGGUCAUCAUUGUCACCGUGAAUGCGGCCGUGUCUUUCAUGCUGGAGAUUUUGAUCGUUGACAUCGUCUUGUGGAGGCUAGUUUUCAGAGCCAAUCAGGGGGUAAAUCGACCCUCAGAGCCCUCCUCUGCUGACGCACCUCAGGUGGCCAACGACCGCUGGGGCCCGUCCUUCCUCUCCUGGCUGUUCUGUCGGAACAACAAACCCCCGACGGUGCGCUACAUGCACCUGGCCCUGGAGCUGCAGGACGACGCCGACUGGCCCCCCAAGCCCUCCACUGUCACAUGCGCCAGCGAUCCACAAUCCCGCGUCUCUAAUCCCCUCUGACACCCGACAAGCGAACCGCCGCACAGACUAAACCUCAGACCACCAAGAAGCCUUAAUGCUGACUCAGCCAGCCCAGAGAUGCGACGGGUGCUCGGAUGACGGAGCCUGCUUGACACCAGCGACCAAAUCCACAAGCCUCGUGAAGCCGAGGCCUCCACUGCACCAAGUGACUGACGCUGUGAACUGCUCAUACGUUAAGUUCUCUUUUAGUUUUAUUCACCUCACAGCUGAACUGUUGUGUCACAAUGCUGAAACUUGAGCCAGAGGCCUCCAUAACAGGAAUAGCUAAUAAAAGACACGAUGCGCUUGUUUGCUGAGAGUUAGACGAGAGGAUCGAUACUCGAUACUGGAGUAAUCAUGAAAGCAGUCGUUGCUUGCAGCUCCACUGGCAACUUAAUGGUGAUGACUAGUCUCCAAGCUUGCCUUAUUUCCAGUCCUUAUGUUAAGCUAAGCUAACCAGCUUCUAGCUGUGGCUUCAUAUUUAGAGUGGCAUCAAUCUUCACAUCUAACUGCCAGCAAGAAAACAAAUAAGCGUAUUUCCCAAAAUGUGAAACCGUUCCUCUAAGACAACUGGACGUCUCGCUAACUACACUUGACAUCUAGCUACACUGCACUCUGCUGCCAACACUGGACAUUGACAGUGGCCUCCUCACUGUUUGUAUUAUCUCACUCAACAUUUGAAAAAUGUGAACCAAGUGAGGUGCUUUUGUUUUUCAGAACAGACACGUCACACGGACACCGUGGUCAGAUCUGAGCCUGACAUCACUGGAUCAAUCUCUCCACUUCACUGUGAAUAAAAACAGUCUCCAUUAAAAUUAGCUGCUGGUAAAAUAUUAAAGCUGUAGAAAUAUUAUUAGGUCAUAUGGAUUCAAAGACACAAGAGACAUGUGCCCUUUUUUUCAGUUUUUUUUUUAAUUUUAGGUAUGUGGUACAGUUGUAUUUCUUAAUACAUAAACAUUCCCCUGCUGCAUUUCUGUUGAGGAGUCGCUUCAGUUAAAAAUUCUUCCCGUGGAAGAAAGAAGCGAAAUUUCUGUGUCCCCUUUUUUAACAGAAUGUAAUCGGCAGUUCCAACGUGUGUGUGUGUGUGUGUGUGUGUGUGUGUGUGUGUGUGUGUGUGUACACAGAGGAGGAUUAGGGCCAGUGUGAAUAACAACAUUUGAGUUCUGACAUUUUCUUUUGCAACAUAACGUUUUUUUCCCUCUAAGAUUUCUGAUUAUGAUUUUAAUCUCAGAAUUAAAGUCAGAAUUCUCAGAAAAAAAUGGAAUUGUGUUAAAUACAAAUGGUGUGUAUGUGUGUGUUGGUGUGAGAAGGAGAACACAAGAGUGUGUUAGUUAAUAUUUUAUCCAUUUUUGUGUCUCUCAGAUUCAUUAUGAUAUCUCUCAAUAUCUCUCUUCUUUUUGAGUAAAUUGUAUGAAAAGGACAUUACACCGUUUUAACAUCACUAAGGUACUGUUUUUAUGUAUUAAUUAAAUUUAAAUUAAUCAAAAGGAAUCAAUGAGACUCUUGCUGCUGUGCCAAUUUGUUAACAGUUGAUUUUUAUAUGUUCUUAUGUAUCUGUGUAAAGCUGUUCUAUACAUAUUUUUCUAGUAAAGUUUAAAAAAGUUGAAUGUGAAAAAUAUGAGAAUUAGUCAUCUAAAUCUCCACUGUUUUACUAUAUAUGAAUAAGGGGAAUGCUGUUUCUGUGAAUUGUAAUCAAGUAUUUGUACUUAUUUUCUUAUUUCUACAAUGUGACAAAAGUGUUCCAGUGUCUCCCGUGUUUGCUCUGCAGAACUCCCAUUACAUUUCCCAAUAAAUCUGUAUAUUAAGCCAC